UGGAUGGCCCGCUGGGUGCACUGAAUCAGUCUUUCCGGGAUUCAAGCCUGCGUGUGGAUGGUGAAGCUCCACCGUGGACAAAUUCGUACUUUAUCUAUGCGGGGUUUGCAUUGAAAUCGAGUACAGCGGCCUUAAAGAAAAGCUCCAUUGCGACGCCGCGUUCGGGACUUCAGCGUUGAAUCUCUCCAGCUGCUAGCCCUUUUACAGCUACAUAGUUAGCCCCAGCCUCUGCCACGGACAGGUAUGUCUGAAGUUAGUCUUGAGGCCGAGUCGGGGAAGACCUCAGCCGAGGACCUUCAGAUGGAUGGUCAGGAUGAUGGCAAAUCAGAUAAUAGUUUGAGUGAGGACUUGAAUCAGGAGAAUGUAGACGACGACCGGGGAAUAGAUGACACGCCUGGCGUGCUGUACGACGUCAAUAUCGAGAGUGAUGAGGAAAAAGCAGAAAGCAGUGAUAGAACCGGUGAUCCGGAGGACAAUGGGAAGGAUAUUCAGCAGGAAAGUGUGCUAACUGACAGUGUAGACAAAGGGGAACAUGAGACAAACCACCGUGUUGAGACACCAGACGAAAGCGGAGAUUCUCAGCCUGAAACAAAGGAAAGCACCAUGGCUGAGGAGGGUCUUAGAAGCUCAGCUGCUGAGAUCUCAGUCACCAGUAACGGAGACCUGGAUCAGAACCCCGAGUCAGUGUUCCAGAGGGAUGCUUACCCAGCCGGCCCCGGGGCCCUGAACCUGUCGGACCCUCGCAUCACUUCCAACAACUUUGCUUCAACCACAGAGGGCAUCAUUGAAUCGGGACCGUACAAAGGGUCAGCAAGCCUGCCCGCCUCUCCCGUGACGCCUGUAGCUCCCAGCUCGGCUGUCGCUAGCCGCCUGGCGCGCUCUUCCAGCUGUAGCCAGGCAGAGCAAGGCUCGAUGAAAUCUCAGCCGCAGAGCGGAGCGGUGGUCCUGUCCGACGACCUGAAGAACCCGGCCAUGGAGAAACUGGAGCUCGUGAGAAAGUGGAGCAUCAACACUUACAAAUGCACCAGGCAGAUCCUGUCGGAGAAGCUGGGUCGGGGCUCCAGGACGGUGGAUCUGGAGCUGGAGGCCCAGAUCGACGUGCUGCGCGACAACAAGAAGAAGUACCAGAACGUGAUCAAGCUGGCGCAGACGCUGGCCAGCCAGCUGUCUCAGAUCAUGCAGACGCAGAGGCAGCUCGGCGACGCCUUCGCCGACCUCAGCCUCAAGUCACCGGAGCUCCACGAGGAGUUCGGCUACAACGCUGACACCCAAAAGCUGCUGUCCAAAAACGGCGAGACGCUGCUGGGAGCCAUCAACUUCUUCAUCGCGAGCGUGAACACGCUCGUGGACAAAACAAUCGAGGACACCAUGAUUAACAUCAAACAGUAUGAAAUAGCCAGGGUCGAAUACGAUGCGUACCGCACGGACUUGGAGGAGCUGAAUCUGGGGCCGCGCGACGCCAACACCAUGCCGAAGAUCGAGCUGUCCCAGCAGCAGUUCCAGAUCCACCGCGAGAAGUACGAGAGGAUGCGGAACGACGUGUCGGUCAAGCUCAAGUUCCUGGAGGAGAACAAGGUGAAGGUAUUGCAUAACCAGCUCAUCCUGUUCCACAACGCCAUCGCUGCGUACUACGCUGGAAACCAGCAGCAGCUGGAAGAGACACUCAAGCAGUUCCACAUCAAGUUGAAAAUGCCCGGAGGAGACAAUCCGUCUUUCCUGGAAGAGCACUAAUCACUCCUUCCUCCUGAGGUCUUAUUGGCUCAGUUUUACAGCAGAUGUCACUACAGGAACCUUCUUCCCACUUAAACUCUUGUUGUUUCUUCCUUUCUUUAGAGAAAAAAAAAAAAGCAAAUGCUCAGAAAACAUUCCCCACUCCGUUUACCUCGAUAUGAGGCCAGUUUUCAUCCAUGUAGUUCCUCCGAAUCAUCGUUAAAGCACUUUCAUGGCGUUGGGCAGAGCGGUUGACCGGGAGUUGCUGCAGCAAAACACACCUGGAAACUUCAGAUGCCUUUUUGUAUUGGAGCACGUGAAUGCUGCGUCCCGGCACACUGGACGUGUUGCUUUUGUUCCGGCAGCUGUGGGAAUCAAAAUAACUGCCGUUUUAUCGCAAUUUUCACAUUGAAUUCACCGACACUGGGGUGUGAAGUUCUAACCAAUUAGUUCUUUUCUUCUUCUGUUUUUUUUUUUUUUUUUUUUUAACAAUGAAUUUUCACAAUGCUUUCCGACAACGGGGGAUUAAGGGUCAUGCACCUUGGAUACUUUCACCAGCAAACUUUGGGAAUACAUUGUAUUCACCGUUACUCCAGAGAGAUUUAAGAGAAAUCUGCCACACCGUCUAGUUACUGUUGGCUUAUUGCAGAAACUGGGAUUGUUUCCACCAAGUCCUCGAGUUAAAAAAAAAACAAAACAAUAAAUGAAACACACAUCUGCCUACCAGCACCUCUGAAGCUUACUAACACAGAAGCCAAAGCGUAUGAAAUCAAGUUGUGGGUUUUUAGGUGGGCAGACUGACUUUCAUGUUUUAUUUUCUAUUUUAACAAGCUUUUAGUUCAAACUUCAGACGUGUCCGCUAGCUUCUGCAAAACCAAAGUAUUUCCCGCAUAUUUGAAACACUCCUUUCUGAAAAGAUGCUACCUGAGAUCAACAUGUCCCACAGAUUUUUUUUUUUUUAAAGCAUCGCAUUCGCCCUGCUUUGUCUACAUUUAGAGACUUGAAUGUGUCGAUUAAAAAAAAAAAAAAAAUGAAGGACCAGCCUUAUCUGAAUGACAUGUGCCUUGAUUUUUAGGAAUUUCCUCCUCCUCUUCCCCGCCGAGCUGCCCGCUCUCCAUGUUUGAAUGCAGGUGUUCUCACGACCGUUACUUCAGGGCUGACUUUUAAUGAAAGACAAUGGACCAAACACAAACACGCCCACUCCUGGAAGAGCUUCUACAACGUGUUCAAAAACACAGAAUGGUAGCUGUUUUUUUUUUUUUUUUUUUGUUUUUAAAUAAAACACCAUUUUACACCAGAAAGUCAAAAUCUGCUUGAAGAUACGCUGUUCUCAAAGAUAUUUAUCCACAUUGCACAUAUGCACAUUUAUGCAUUUGAGAC